AUGUCGAUGAAUAACUUUGAUGCAGAGAUGUCUCGUUUCGAGAACGAGAUCUCGAACGUAAACGCGAUCAAUGGUCCACCACGUAUGCCUUUGAUGCCACCCGUUCCGCCUCCGCCCGGUAUGUUUCCACCAAUGAUGCCGGGAAUACCACCACUUCCGCCACCACCACCCAAUGUCAUGGCUCAAUUAAUGAACAAUAAUGUUUCUUUGCCUCCUCCUCCUCCAACGAGGCUACCACCGCGGCCUGCUUUUGUACCCCAUCAACUUCGGCAUCGUGUUCCUCAACAAUCGGUACCAUUUCCUUCAACACGAACACAACAGAUGCCUCCACGGCACCCUUCACCACCGCCAUCAGUAGGAAAUUUGCAAAAUUCCAAUCCUCCUCAACAGCAAUCAACACUCUCUGCCCAACCAUUGUUGUAUAAAACACAAACUCCAAAUGAUAAACCAGCCUCAUCGAUAGAAUCAACUAAUCCUAUUUCUCAACGUCCGGCUGUACAAACACCAGUCAUAGAAAAUAAACCUGCUACAACACCUAAAUUCGAUCAGCCUGGUGUCACUAAACUUGAACAACAUCCUCAUCCAGUUAGCAAGGCAUACGCAUCAUCAUCGCAAGCAAUGGAUACUCGUGAUCAUGAAGGUGAAAAUAGUUCUUCAAAGAAGAAAAGUAAGGCUAAACCGCCAAAAAAAGCUCGCAAUGUUCGUAUGGCUGGCGGCACUACAUGGGAAGAUGAAACAUUGGCUGAAUGGGAUUCUGAUGAUUUUCGUUUGUUUUGUGGAGAUCUCGGUAAUGAAGUCAAUGAUGACGUUUUAAUACGAGCGUUUAACAAAUAUCCAUCAUUUCAAAAAGCGAAAGUUAUUCGCGAUAAACGUUCAGGAAAAAGUCGUGGUUACGGUUUUGUAUCAUUCAAAGAUUCUCAAGACUAUAUUCGUGCCAUGCGAGAAAUGAACGGUAAAUACGUUGGUAAUCGGCCAAUCAAACUACGAAAAAGUACAUGGCAAGAACGAAAUAUUGAUGUUGUUAAGAAGAAGAUGAAAGAUAAAAUCAAGAUGGGUCUUAGAUGA